GUAUGCGCAUGCCCAACAUCGAAGCAUGACGUCAUGAGCGUCCUGCUGCCCAACAUGGCGGACUUUGACACCAUAUAUGAGUUAGAAGACGAAGACGAGGACCAUGUAGUGAGUGAAGAAGUCCUGCCCAGAUAUUGUCCAGAGCCCGUGGUGGUGAGAGGGGCCGGGCACAUCACAGUGUUUGGAUUAAGCAACAGAUUUGAUUCAGAAUUUCCUGCCGUUCUCACAGGAAAGGUGGCACCGGAGGAGUUCAAAACCAGCAUCAGCAGGGUGAACGCCUGCCUGAAGAAGAACCUGCCGGUCAACGUCAAGUGGCUGCUGUGCGGCUGCCUUUGCUGCUGCUGUACAGUAGGCUGCAGUCUGUGGCCCGUCAUCUGCCUCAACAAGAGGACAAGAAAGUCAAUUCAGAAGUUGUUGGAGUGGGAAAAUAAUAGGUUAUACCACAAGCUCGGGCUGCACUGGAAAUUCACCCGAAGGAAAUGUGAAGGAAGUAACAUGAUGGAAUACGUGAUUCUUGUGGAGUUCUUGCCCAAAUAUCCUAUAUUUCGGCCGGACUGAGGAGGCCACUCGACGACGGGACGUGUGGUCCUCAAACCCGCUCCUUAGUGCCUUGUAUAUACACACGUUACACACUAUGUCGGAAAAAAGAGAGGUGAUCCACACUGGAGCCGCGCCUUGGACCUGACCAUCUCCCAGUACCUUGUACAUACAACACUGUCACUUUGCUUUAGAGCAGAUUUUGCACAUCUACCGACUUAAAAGAAAAAAAAAUGUGUUCCCUGGUUGUGCUCCCCAUUUUGUUUGUUACGUGACAAAUAACAGAAAGUCGAAUCGCUAGAGAAGUGCAUUGACCCCAAAGAACUGGUAACCUUACCCCCACCUUAUGUAUCGGUGAAUUACUUUUAAAUGUAACGCCUCCAACCUUCUGAAGCAUCCUUGCCUUACGUAUUGAUAUCCUUUUUUUGUUUGUUUUUUACAAUGUGGAAGGCGUGUUAUGUAUUAUUUUGAGUUUUCUCCUGCACCGACUGCUGUGGCUUGCAGACGCAAAGCUGGAGGGCGGUUGUUUCCUAACACUGUAUGUCAAUACCCUGUGUUUUCUGUUAGGAUUAACCGUGUUACAUGAAGGGGGAUUACCUUCCUUGUAAAUGCAAUGUCAGGAUUAAGGUGUACAUUUGUUUACAUAAAGUUACUUAGAUAUUUUAGUGGGGGCGCAUCCUUGCCAAUAUAUUGCUGUACCAUGGUUUUUGUUUUUGGAAGAUGUGGAUGUUCUUUUCCAGUUCACAUGGACCUGUUUACCCAGUAAGCCAUAUAGUUGACUGACACACCUAUGUGUAGGAGUUAGGAUUGACAAUUGCACUUUGCAUAUUAAUGUCAGGAUUUUAGAGUAUGAUAACGUCGAUCCCUAAAUGAUGCUACGAAUGCAUGUUAUUAACAUUGUUGUUUUUUUUGCCAAGGAAGUAGACAACACAUUCAUGUCAAAUAUUAAGCAAAUCUGGCUGAAAUUCUUAUGCUGUUGGAAAACAAUUGUUAUUUUUUAAAUUAAUUUGUUUUGUGGUUUUCUCUGCUGUCCUUUCGAAAGGACAUUGACAUCUUUCCUUUGUUGCGUUAAUUCUGUUUGACACUAACAUUUUUCUUACCUAAAUCUCGCUGCAGUGUAUUGCAUAAGAGUGCCUCUGGAAUAGAUGAGGAAUAACAGGUGUAAAUCUCCUCACUUGUACAAAGGAGACUUCCAAAGUGUCUCCAAGUUUUGUCCAGUUACAUUUCUUGUUAAUUUGUCAUUUGAACUUACUUCCAGUGGAGUGAGUGAAUAAAUUGUUAAUUUGGACUUUUCCCUCA